GAGCGAGCGUGCGAACGAGCGACACGGCCCACCGCGGAUGGGGGACGCGGACCAGGCCGUGAUCAGGCUGCGGCUGCGCAAGCCGCCCCACUGGCGCUGGGCGCUGCACACCUCCAGGUCCGCCCCCGUCGUCCGCGUCCUCGAAGACGGCGCCGGCGGCCGAGGCGACGAGGGGGCGCCCGCCGGAGGAGUGGAGCUGCUGGUGGACGUGGCGGAGGCGUCGGAGCGCCGCUGCUCGCCGAGGGUGCACGCCAUCCUCGCCGACGAGCGCCGGCCGCCCUCGAGGACUGCGUCCGCCAGGCUGCGCAGCAUGGCCGCCGGGAGCAACGCGGUGCUCAAGCAGAAAUCCGACAGUUCUUUAGAGCGCAGGGCUAAACGAACAGGUUUCGGACCACUGGCGCCAUCACGGGAGCCACUGAGGAGAGACCGUGACGCCCCUGAAGAAAAGUGCAGCGACGGUCAGUGUUCUUCUAUCACGGGCGACAGGAUGCCUCGUGCCACAUCAGACACCCCGGAUCGGGCAAGCAAUCGAACUGAUCCCUCUGGUUCGCAAAAACCAGAGCCUGGAGAGUCGAAAUUUCAGAGCAGGAUAGCGAGGCCAGUAGUGGCAAGGAAGAAGCUACCGGAUUCCAGUUGUGUCUCCAGUGUCGAAGAAAGCCGGUUGCCCUGCUUGCGCUCAGUUGGUAGAGAGAAGAGCGGGAAAUUAGCGGACGUCACGAAGCGCUACUCCGACAGCUCCUUAGGCAGCCUCUCCAAGGUGAUGAAACUGCGGAACAGACUCUCUCAGAGCAGCACAGGGACAGACACGCCAGACACCACGGAAUGCGUACUUUCUGACAGUUCUCUGCCGACAGUAAGAGGCCUCAGAGGCUCCGCAUCUGCAGCUGGGACGUAUAGUGCAGAAAGUAUCAGCGUUACGAAAGACCCACCGAGUAGAGUACCAGUACAGAACAAAAGUUUCUCAGAUCGCAGUAGUUCUGUGAAAGAAACAAAGAAGCAAUAUCCCGGAACAAACUCUUUGCACCGCAAAGAUCUGUCACAGCAGGUGAAGAGCAACAACAGAAACAAGAACGAUUUACAUGAGAAGGUUCAGAAGGAAGUGCCGGCACAAACAGCUGUUGACAAUGUUGUUAAAAACCAGCCUGCAACCCGUCAUACGCUCACUAGAAAGGGAAGGACUUCAGAUCCGAGCAAAGACUGCUCGAGAGAUCCAGGUAAUAUCCGCUCGGAAGUCGUGCGGAACACUUCGUCACUGAGGAGCCAGACCGCGAAAGCGGAAGAGCCUAAGGGGGUCAGACAGCCCCAACAGCGUUCCAAAACGUUGUCCGAAGUCCAGUCGUCAUACCAAAGACGACUCGCAACGUCGCGGUCGAAAGACGCUGCAGCAGAGAGGAAACAGUCGCGUGUGAAGAAGCAGAAGUCUGACAGUUCCUUGGACUCGGCUUUUUCUUCGACUGCAGCAGAAACAGGUGGACAGGGCAAAUCGAAAAUACCACUGGGUCACAGAAAGCUGGAUACGAGAGCCAGGAGUCCAUCCCGUUUGGCGACAGGUGCAUAUGGGCGGCGCACGGAGCUGGCAUCCGCUCGGCCUGUGGGCGGCGACGCUGCAAAUAAACCUUUGCGACCUACCGUCAUCCCACGGCUCGGCUGCAGUUUGGUGAAGCCCAGCGGGGAACGUCGACGCACGGAAGAAGCAGACAGCGGUGGGCUCUCCUCCUCCGUAGACGAACUCGAUGCAGCCUUAAGCAACGUCCCUAGAGCAUCCUCUGUAAAACGCGAAGAACAACGUUGGUCGGGCAUUCACACCGAGGAUAUGGACGACUCCUGUCAGGAUGUGACUAUAGAAACAGCGUCGUGUGGUGGCAAUUCUGGGAGCAGGGGUCGGAGUCCAGAAUGUGAAGGGAUGUACGUGGCCUACGUCGUGACGACUCCGGACAGUGAAAUAGGCGCACCGGUGUACAGGGUUGACAGCCCGUCCGUGUCAACCGCCUGUGAUGUGGAAAUCGUUCCUUUUGACGAGGAUUUGGAAGCGGAGCCCGUGUUCAGACCUGCCCGUCAUUACUUUGGUUACGGCGGCAGCUUUAAGAGAAUCUCGGACUUGGACGAGAAGGAUCUGGCUGCCGAUCGUAGCGAGAGGCGGAGCUCCUCUUUCGGUUCACGCCCGAGUAGGCCUUGUAGUAAUAGUGGUAGCAGUGUAGGUGGUAGUGUAGAUACUAACAAACCAGGACACAGGGAUGGGCAGUACAAAAGUCGGUUGGAAAAAUUGUUCAGGGACAAGGAAGGUACGACGAGCUCUGGAAGAAACGUAGAACUUAGAAGGACAGAUCAGCAGUCACGGACCAAAGCAGCUGAAGAGGCAGUAUUAGAUGACGCUGCGACAAGGAAGAGGUCAUGUAGCAAACAUUCUAGUAUCCCGAGAAUACGAGUGAGUCCACAGAAGGACGAUGCCAAGCAGGCCGCCGGGAGGAGGAACCCCAAGCACAGUGCCGGCCUGUACAGCUAUUUGCUCAAGUACCGACCCUCUGGCGAGCAGUUCAGCGACCCAGAAGUGCUCGCUGUGACCACGGAGACCCAGGCCGGCGCCAGCAGGACGAGCCACGCGCGGGGAGACUCCGGAGUGUACUCGCUGAACGGCUCCCUGCGCGACCGCCGCAAGCAGCAGCUGCCGGUGCCGGCGCAGCAACAUAGCCAGCAGCUGCAGCAACAGCACCAGCAGAAGCAGAGUAACCGUAAGAGGCGGCGGCGGGUCAGGCAACGCACCGCACGGUGUCAAGGUGAGUUCUGUUGAGUCGCAUCUGCCGCUGGAAACUUCGGUACGGUAGGAUGAUAAUAACAUCAGUAGUAGCCUAGAAUAGCUAUCUUGUUAUUUGGUACACACAAUUGAAAUCGUUGUACGCAGUUGUGGAGAUUCUGUCUGUAGAUUUGCAGCUGCCGUUGCCUGUUUGAACUUGAUCUCUUAAAUUACAGCGCAGAAAAGACAUGAUCUACAAGAUGUCUACAGCUUUAUACUGUAAUUAUGAAGUGAGCAGUUGUCUUCAGAAACAUGCUUCUCUCUUGUGAAUUGAACCACAGUUUCUCAAGUUGUGUCCUUCCUUUUGUUAUAUUCUUACUUUAGAAAUGCUAUUGUAAGCUGAUAGUGAAGUGCUUUCCUAAUGUGGGAACAGCUACUUUCAGUCCCAAAGACCAGCCUCCGCCAUUACGUGGAGGCCCCGCACGUCCGUCUCAUUUCGGAAUUGUGUUUCUCCACUAAAGUUUUCACUUUACGUAAGCUAAAUAGCCUCAACCAGUACGAUAACCUUUUUUAGAGCGGCAAAGAAUAUGUAUCUAUAUACGCAGCGCUCUGUUGUUAAUCUGUAUCGUUGCACUGAUAAAAUGUUUCGUAAGCACGUAAUAUUAUUUGGUUGAA